AUGAUAGUUCUUUUUCUUAUCUAUCUUAGAUGGGAUGAAUUAGCUCAUUCGUUUCCAGAGCGAUGUAAUAAUGACAGCUAUUGCCCUGACAACGGGUCUCGAUGUAUGCCUCUUAUUCCCGUGGAUGGUCCUUGCGAGCUACAACGUGAUGAUGAGUGUACAGGAAAAGAGGCCAUCUGUUUAAACUCGACUUGCUUUAUAAAAGGCGUACCCUUAGGAGGUAAUUGUGGCUCAGAUAGGACAGAUUAUAUAUCUUAUGAUGCAGGAGGAUUUACUAUUAAACAGACGAUUAUAAGAGAUAAUUGUACAGAAGAAACAUAUUGUGAUUACUUUGUGUGCAUAAAAUCCAAGGAGAUAGGGAGCAACUGUUGGCAAGACAGAGAGUGUCUAUCAGGCACAUGUAGUGAUGAAGGUGUUUGUAUAACUGGACCAGGUGUAUUUCAUACUAUUGCCAAUUGGUUAUGGGCCGUGGUCGGAUGCAGUGUAUGUGCAUUCGUGAUCGUGACCUUGGGCGUACUUUGGUUAUUACAUAGAUACCAAAGAAGGAUUGAACAAGAAAAGUAUGUUAAAUUCUUUGGUGACAAUGAUAAAUUUCUUAAAAAGUAUCAACUAAGUAAUUCAAGCGUAGUCUAUCUGACUACGCCAGAUUAUAAAGAAUCAGCAGUACUUAGUAACAAUUACUUGUCUUGA